AUGUGCAGUGACGCUCCGAAUAGCGAACUAAGUGGGAUGCGGCGAUUAAUCGCGAUGGCUGUUGCGGGAGUGGUGUCAGUGAUAUCGUCGCUAUUGCUUAGGAACGUCAUACAAGUGUAUCUUGUUGAAUUGUUUGAGAUAAGAUCCGAAUCCUCCACGGCUUCCGACCAUGAAAGGGAGCCGAAGCCAGAGACUUAUCUCUCCACUGUCGUCGCAUUACUCAUUUUCAACAUUUACUCCAUCUCGACUUACUCCUUCAACUUUCUCAGACGAAAUGAUCCAUGGAAGAAGCGGAUUUUCGCAGGUUUCUUUGCGGUCAGCGUGGCUGCCGCUGGUCUGACAACGGCGACGCUGGGAGAUGGCGAGACAAGUUUUGCGGACUUCAUCGCCACAGUGCCGCUUCUGGUACCACUGAGUCUUUGGUUCAGCGUCAUCGGUCAUUCGAUGUGGAAUCGCUGGUCGACGCGGUCAAAUGAUGAGAAGGCGCCGCGUUGA